AUGGCCAAGCGCCCCGUCCGCGUGGGCAACGUCUCUGGCGCAACAGGCGACUCCCCCCACGCGAUGCGCCGCAUGGUCUCGAGCGGUCACUGCGAUGUCAUCACCGGCGACUGGCUGUCUGAGAUGAACAUUGCGUGGAACGCCAUCACCAAGCAGGAGGUGGACCCCGAUCUGGGCUACGAGAAUGGCUUCUACGUGCAGCUGGAGGACUGUCUGGACGAUAUUGUCCGCGGGGGCAUCCGCGUGGUGACCAAUGCCGGGGCGCUCAACACGGAGAGCUUGUACAUCAAGGUGAAGACGUUGCUCGAGGCGCGUGGCUACGGCCACGUCGUGGUGGCGGCUGUCUAUGGCGACGACGUGUCCGAUCUCGUGCGGGAUCCGACGCGGCGUAGGGCGCUGCACCAUCUCGACAAGGAGCACGUGUCGCUUGCAGACUGGGGGUUUGAGCCGACAUGUGGCAAUGCGUACAUUGGCUGCGCGGGCAUCACACAGGCCCUGCGUGCCGGGGCGCAGAUCGUGCUCUGUGGACGUGUGACGGAUGCCAGCCCCGUCAUGGGCGCUGCCGCGUGGUGGCAUGACUGGGACGUCUCGUCGUCGCACGAGCAGCUUGCUGGGUCGUUGCUGGUGGCGCAUCUGAUCGAGUGUGGGCCAUACGUCGUGGGCGCCAACUUCUCCGGGUUCAAGGACUUUCUGCCCGAGCUCGUUGAUCUGGCGUUUCCCGUGGCCGAGAUUGACUAUCAUGGUGGGUGUGUCAUUACUAAGACGAGUGAGGGAGGAGGACGGGUGACAAGGGGCACUGUCACGGCGCAGCUGCUGUACGAGCUGCAGGGGCAUCUGUAUCUCAACCCAGAUGUUGUGGCCGAUCUAUCUGGCGUACGGGUGGAGGAGGAGGCUGCCAACCGCGUGCGUGUGACGGGCGUCAAGGGGCUGCCGCCACCGCCGACGACCAAGGUCAUGGUGGCUGCCAAGGGGGGCUUCCAGGCCGAGGCGACGUUCUACAUUAACGGGCUCGAUGUGGCGGCCAAGGCGGAGAUGAUGCGCGCACAGCUGGCGCACGUCUUCCGGGGCAGCAACUUCUCCCGCCUGAGCAUCGAGCUCUACGGGACACCCGCGUCGAACCCGUCGUCGCAGCAGCAAGGCACCGUCUCGCUGCGUGUGUUCGCCCAGGCACGACGCAAGGAGGACAUUGACGAGAUCCGCUUCAAGAUCCCCAUCUACGCGCUGCGGAUGCAGAGCUACGCCGGGUACCACAUGAACCUCGACUUUCGGACGAUGAGCCCCAAACCCUUCAUGGAGAUGUUCCCGGCCGUGAUGAGCCUGGCGGACAUUGACCACCGCGUGGCGCUGAGCGACGGGCAGACCAUGGCCAUCCCGCCGCACGAGGUGACGAGGGUGUACCCGACCGUGCGGCCGACGAGCGACACGGCGGAGCCGGUAGACCUGCUGGCGUACGGGCCGAGCGAGUUUGCGCCCCUGGGAAACGUCGUGCACGCGAGGUCGGGGGAUAAGGCGGACAACUCCAACGUGGGCUUCUUUGUGCGGCACGACGACGAGUACCCGUGGCUGCGGAUGCUGCUGAGCACGAGCAAACUCAAGGGCCUCCUUGGCGAGGACUGGUUCCGGGGGGACACGACGAGGAGGGUGGAGAGGGUUGAGUUUCCGGGGAUCAACGCUGUGCAUUUCCGGAUCAUGGACAACCUGCACGGUGGCAUCGCGUCGUCGGAUCGCAUCGAUGGGCUUGGCAAGGGCAUUGCAGAGUAUCUGCGGAGCCGGUAUGUUGAUGUGCCAAAGAGGUUUCUAGAGAGGGGGCGAAUAUAG